AUGUGCCACUUUCAGGUCUCCUCACACUGCUGGUGUGUUCCAUUUUUUGUCAUAGGGUGCUGGCAGAUUACGGGCCUCCCAUAGCUGCUGCCAGGCCCCUAAUCUGCCAUGGGCCCCUAUACCGCCUCCUCAUGCUGCUGCCAGGCCCCUAAUCUGCCAUGGGCCCCCGUACCGACUCCUCAUGCUGCUCCCAGGCCCGAAAUCUGUAAUGGCCCCCUGUACCGCCUCCUCAUGCUGCUGCCAGGUCCAGAGUGUGUCAUGGGUCCCUGUACGGCCUCCCAUUGCUGCUGUCUCCAUCGCCACACUCUGCCAUGUGCCACUUUCAGGUCUCCUCACACUGCUGGUGGUUUCCAUUUUUGUCAUAGGGUGCUGUAUGGCCUCCCAUUGCUGCUGCCUCCACCGCCACACUGUGGCUCCACACUCUGGUUUUGGCCCCGUGACUGCCCAAAUGAGUGAAGUGUGCGGUGAUUCUAAGAUCGACGGCACUCAUCUGCAUGUCAUACUGACUGUCAGUAUUAUUUCUCUUCCCCAGCAGACUCCAAGGGCAUUUAAAUUAAAGGUACAGUGUUCUGCACUAAUAUAA